CUGCCGCAUCAACAACAGACUGCCUCCACCGGAAAUACCAAAAUACCACCAGCUCUGCACUUUCAAAAUCAAAUCACCAACACAGCACAACCAUCUUCCUCUUCUAUCUUUUACGACACAACCGCAUGCCCCCAGGCUAUCUGCGCCAUGGCAUCCUCACAGUACUGCAGAACUGGUCCUGUGCUCCUUACUCUCACCCCGCUCAACACUGCCUCUACCAAUGUCCAGGAAGACUUCCGCAACAGGCGCUUCUGCAAAAGACCCGAUCGACAUGCACCUUCGAAUGAGAUUUACAUCACCUUCAACCCUCAUCGCGGUGAAGGCAUCUAUCCGUCCACAAUCGGCCGGACAGGGCACAUCAUGCUACGUAAAGCAUUCCCCGCGAACAUCCAGUGCGCUUUUGAAAUCCAUAAAGACACUGGAGAGGUUAUGCUUGUGGAUAAGUCACCUAACCAGACUUGCUAUGUGCGCUACACCACCAAAGUGUCCCGUGAGAUCCUGGAUUUCAGAGAUUUUGGAGCCAUGGGCCAAUCGACAUGCAGACUUGGGCAGCGCAAUGGCAUCGAUGCACUCACUGGCCAUCUUGUGGUCAUCAAGACGGUCAUUGACGCAGAACCGGGUCGCUAUCGCUUGGAAGGAGAGUCGAGAAAGGAACUCACCACUGAAUUGAACCAUCCUUACAUGAUGGGGUUCUUCCAAGUCGAAAUCAUGGGAGACUACUUCUAUCUUGUCAUGGAGUUGCAGGAUGGCAAUGUCUAUGAACUCACACACAUAGAGGGGUUCGUGGAUGCCCGAGGCUUGUUCCAGCUUGGGGAAAACGUCGGCCGACCUCUAAUACAUCAGAUGUUACAAGCCUUGGACUAUCUUUCGUUGAACGAAAUAAUCCACCGGGAUGUUGAGCCAAAAAACAUUCUAUAUCGCCGCAUCGACAAACACACCUACCACUACCGUCUCGCUGGCUUUAUUUAUGACAAGCAAGGCCGCGUUCAGCCAGAUUGGAUUUCUGUUCUCGAGGCUAUGGCGGCUAAUGACCCCAAGGACCGUGUUUCAGCGGGCGAUGUGCUGGCGGAGAUGUUUCGAGGAAUGGGGCGAGUCACUAAUGCUGAGUGA